AUGAGGAAAUAUAAAGAUAUUGCAGUUAAGGAUUUCAUUGAACUGAUGGCUGUUGGCAUUCCCAAAGUCAUGGAAGUGACUCAGCCAGCCAUCCUAAUUGUGAAAAGACAAGAGGCAGCUCGUUUUAUCUGUGAUUACAGCGGCGCUGGGGAUGCAAAGUGGUUCCAAAUCACUUUACGUAGGCAGAUAGGCAAUCAGUCUGUCCAGAUCUGCUCCUCCUCCUUCACAACUGAGUUCAAGCCAUCAGGCGUGGAAGAGCCUGUCCACUGUCAAGUCCAUCCGAGUCAAAACAGAGUCAAUCUCACCCUUUGGGGACUGCAGCCAACCGACGAGGGUCUCUAUUUUUGCCAGAUGGAACGGAUUUAUCCUCCACCUUAUUACUCAGUCAUGGGGAAGGGGACCCAGCUCUAUGUCAUUGACCCAGAACCCUGCGUAGACCUCCACCUUUACCUUUGGAUCAUGGCAGUGGUAGCUUCUGGAUUGCUUGUAUACAGCAUUUUAAUCACAGUCUUCCUUUUGAGAAAGGCAGUACUUAAAAGAGUAUAUUCUGUCCCUGGCACCUAUGUGAAAAUUGCACCAAUGUAAUUGGAAACCACGAAGAAAGCUGUUCACCUUCCUGCAUUGAAACAGGAAAAGAA